AUGAUAAUUUUUGAAAAUACUGUUAGAUUCCUUGGUCAUAAUAUUGAAAAGGGGAGGAUUAUACCUAUUAAUAGAAGUAUUGAAUUUGCUUCUAAAUUCCCUGAUAUUAUUACGGAUAAGACCCAGCUUCAGCGAUUUAUAGGAAGUCUGAAUUAUAUCUCUCAUUUUAUAAAGGAUCUUGCUAAAGAUACUGCGCUUCUUUAUGAUAGAUUAAAGAAGAAUCCAAAAGCUUGGACUCAUAGUCAUACUGAAUUAGUCAAGAGAAUAAAACAGAAGGUUCAAGAUAAGGUUCAUAACCUUUCUUGUUUAACUCUCGCUAAUCCCACUUGGGCAAAGGUUGUGAAAACUUAUGCCUCUGAUAUUGGCUAUGGUGGGAUAUUGAAACAAUGUUAUCCAUUAGAUACACAAGAAUAUCUUGUUCAAUUUUAUUCUGGAAAAUGGAAUGAAUCCCAGAAGAAUUAUGCGACUGUAGCUAAAGAAAUUCUUAUUAUUGUUAAAUGU